ACCCUUAACAUAGUGAUGCAAAGGACAUUAGGGACUGUGCACACACUGGUAACAGUUCACCAGAAAAGUUCUCAGUUUUCUAAGCAUUAAUACUCACAAUUACCUUUACAUCCAUCCAUCAGUUUCAGAUAAAAUAUUUCCGCAGAUGCAUUCUUCAUGGUUUUGUUGUUGUUGUUGUUGUAAAGGAAGUGAGAGCAAGGCUAGCUCUCCCCUUCUCCUCCAUGCUUGCACCAUCAUGGCUUCUUUCUUCUUUAGCAUCACUGCAUCAUUUGUGCCACUAAAGCUCCUUCCCUUGUGAGUUGUGAGCCAAUUUCUUGAUGCUCCCCAGCUCCCAAAUGGCCAUACAACUCACACUCCUACUCAUUUCAUGUAGCCUUUACAGUAUGUAUUCUUCUUCUUCUUCCUCCUCCUCCGCAUCGUCGUCGUCUUCUUCUUUCUCCACAUCAUCCUCUUAUCUUGCAUUGCUGGUUCUUGUCAUCUCCACUGGCCUCUCCUUGCUCUUCACCAACCUCAGACAGAUGAUCAGAGCAAGGAGCCACAGGGGUAAGCCUCACCCUUCCAUGGAGGAUCAGGCUGUUCAUCAAGAGGAGGAGAGCAUUAUUGUGCCACAAGAUGAGGUGGCCGACGAUGCACCGGAGGACUUGACCGGAAGCCUAUCGGAGUCUUCGGAUUCUCCGGUGAGCGAAGAGUGCACCGAGGAGGGCUCGGUAUCCGAUGACGGUGACGAUGAUGACGACGAGAGCCUCAUUGAGAUCUCCCUUGUUGAUGGCCACUAUUUGGGGCAAGAGAAGAAGAAAUGUGCAUGGAAGGAGCAGGACCUCCUCUCCGAGUUCUUGCCGGAUUUGUUGCUUGACAAGAGGGACUUCAUGGACAUCUUGUCAGAGAUUGGUGAGGAAGACAACCUGAUUGAGAUUGACAUUGCAAGGGGAUCCAUCAAGUGCUCAAGCUUUGGCAUCAAGGCAUGAAUCUACCAAAGGUUUGGUGAAGUUCAAAAUCAAAAUCUUUCUCUGCAUUUGCUUCAAAGAUUUGAUCAGGGAAAGGGGAGUAGGUUGUAUGUACCUGGCCUACAUGUUGUGCAAGGCUCUUUGUUUUUGGCAAAGCUUAAAUUUUUAUUUUGUGAAUCUUCAGUGGAAGCCUUGUUGCGUCUUUUUCUCGCGCUUUCUUUCUGAAUAUUAUAGAGGAAAUAACAUUCGUGCACAUAUUUUUGAUCAAAGAAAAAAACAAUGUACGUGUGCAUGGCCCUUCUUUCCGUAUAUAUUCUAGAGUUCCAAUAGAUGCUAA